AUGGUCCUGCUGAAGGACUUCAACAAUACAGUGGAAGCGUCCAAACUCUCGGCGUCGCUGGGAUCAAUGGGCGGCCGUGCGGUGGCGGCACCGGAUUCUCCGACGACGAGGUUAGCUUGUCGCCGCCUCGGCACACCUACGUCCUGGAGCUCGGCCCCCGACACCAGACCUACUCCUCUGCCGCCCUAUCGGACGACGAUCUCUCCGGAGACUUCUGCGACCACGAGCCCCCAACAUGCGGGGGCAUACGAGACCAUUUCGACCACCCCCACCACCACGUCUCCGCUCGCCGUCCGCGCAGCUGUUCACAGGGCAGACACAGGUACCCACCCUAUUACCCGGACGCCCUCUAGUCGCGAGUCCGACCUCGCCCACGUUUUCCUCGACAAUUAUCCUUCGCAGACGCAGUCGCAAAGCGACCUCGGCCACGAACACGUUGUAGCUACCCCCGAAUACGCUUACAAGUCGGUCACUACGCUGCCCAAGCGCCACGUUUGGCGGCGUAGUGCGAGCUGUAAGGAUCUUUACGAUUUCAGCUUCGAGGAGACCGGGCAGGCGAAACGUAGGGCGCGCCCUCCGAAGCCGAUCGAGAAGGCUGUGAUCAGCUUCGAGGAGCGCACGCUAGAGUCCCCGAUAACCCGCUAUGACGAACGCCCGGUUUAUAGCGCCAGUUCGCGCGACAGUAGCUUGGAAAUACGCCAGGACAUUAUGGUGCCUGACGAGAAGGUUUAUUCGAGUAGUUACCCGGGCACGACGAGCUAUUCUCAGGAAUCGGUCGAGGACCCGGGUAACUACGACCUUCGCGAUUCCCAAGACGAUAUCACGCACGAUAGCUACGAGCUUAUAGAAAAAUCCGACGACGAAUAUAGUUCGGGCGAGUACAAGUACCGCAAGCCGAAACCUUUGAAUACUAGAAGUUGUAGCUUAGACUCCGGUAAUUAUCUACCUUCUGAUAGUGAAUCUGACCAUGAUAAACGGCAUAAAUGUAAGAGUAGUUCUGAUGUUCAUCAAGAUAUAUUCUCGAUGGAGGACCCGCGUGAUUUGCCGCGCGAAAUCAUACCGAGAAAAUCUGACGGAAGCUUCUAUAAGCAAUUCAAGCAGGGUUCUCGAACGUCUAGUUUGGAGUCGAAAAGUGAUUAUUACGAGUCAAAGUCCAGGUCCAGCGGAGAUAGCUUCAAAAAACAUAGGGAGCAUAGCUUUGGCUCUCGAACUUCCAGCCAGGAAUCAAAAUCAGACUAUGAAACAAAAAAAAGUAUACGCAAAAAUAAAAGUGUGGAUGAUAUUGAGGCAAUAAACGGAUUUAUAGAAUCUCGAACAUCUAGUCUCGAAUCGAAAAGUGAUUACUAUGAUGCCCCGUCAAGAUUUAUUGGUGACAAUUUGAAGCAUGAUUUCGAUAGGAAAAUCCAGUUUGAACGUAAUUAUGGUAUUCAUAAAGUUCCAACCCAUGAUAAUGACGAAAUCAAUCGUAAUUUUACUCAUGUACACUCAAUUAGUUUGCAGAAUGUCGAAACUGAGCAAAAUAUCAAAAUCAAUCGGUUAUUGACGAACUUGGAGCAAAACACUGUGCCACGAACGCAAAAAUCUUCACAACAACACAAAUCUCACCCUGCGGAUCAUGAUCAACAUAAGUCGAGUAACUUUUGGCCCACAGAUGUAGGCGCCAUUCCUUGUGAUAUUCCGAAUUGGUCCAUGCAGGAACCAAAUAUACAAAGAUCUACAGAAUCUGAAAGCAACAUAUUCAGCUUUGAUGACGAAAAGAUUCAAUCUCUACAAGGAAGUGUAGAUUCAGAUGUGUGCCCAGAUCAUGGCUUCAGUGUAGUACCUAACAUAGAUUCUAAGCGUACCAAAUCUAGCAAACCCAAAACCUAUCGAGACAUUUUUAUGGAAAUCGAACCUAGAAUAGUGUGUGACUUACCUAUGCAUCAACCAAUUGAAAGAACGAAAUCUGAUCCUAACUCAUUAGCUCGACAACGCUUGAAUUCCAACUCUAGGAGAAUGUUGCUUAUGCAUCAGAAAUCAUUUGAACUUACUCCGGCAGAAUCAAGUGACGAGGACUUUAUCUACAAACAAAUACCAAGUGCGCCACCCAUAAUGAAGUACAAAGAAACGCACUUUGAGAUGCCCUCAGCUGAAUUCGGACACUUUGAUGUGCUGAAAAGGGAAGUAGAGGGAAUCAAAACCAAGUUUGAGGUACCAAAGAGUCAGUUUGAAAUAUUGGGUGCUAAAACCCAGUCAGAUUUGACAAAUUUGCCACCCAAAGACGAGGAGAUCUCAUACGUUUUGCACAAAAGACAUGUCAAUGGUACUGCUAAAAAAGAGGAAAUCAAACAUUACGAAACAGUGGAAGUUCCUAGAAUGAACGUGAUAGAUGUUCAAGAUGUGCCAAAAGUCGAUGAAACAAAAAAGACGAAAUCCAAACCUAUUCCGGAACCCGAAUCUUCAUUUUUGUUUACUAAAAACAUAGACUUAUCGAAAGUUGAUCCUGUAACUCUAGAAGUGGACAAAACGGUUUUACCAAUACAACACCUUUCAAGCCCCAAGAGAGAUAUUACUCAUAUAGAUCCGGUUUUACUAGAGGCUUUGAACACAAAGCUGAGUCAGAUAGAAAGUGAUUCACCAACUAGUUCCAAAACAGAAAGCAUAAAACCUCUUCAGAAGAUAGUGAUUACCUCUGUUGAUCGCAUAGCAAAAAAUGAAGUUAAACCGGAAGAAAAAGCAGUGCAAAUAAUGGAAGAAAAGAAAGAAAUUGAAUUUAAAGCGAAAGCCAGAAUCAAAACUGAUAUAAAACCAAAAAGAGUCAUCAAACCAAGGAUGCAGCCAGGUAAGAAGAGUGGCAAAACUAAUAAAACUAAAGUCAGAAUAACCUCCUUCAGCUCCGACGACGAAUCGCUAGAUUCAGAUGACGUGUUUGGAAGCGCUGAAGCCACUCCUACCCGAAUAGAAUUUUCUCCACCACAAAUGCGGAAAGAAAUGGAAUCGAUACUCAAAUUUGAAUCGGAAAGAAAAUAUUUGCAGUAUACCAUGUCUUCUACGGAAGUCGAAGGUUCUCCACCAACAACAAGAAAGAGAACGGACAAAAAAGAUGAUGGAUUAGAUGCUGUAUCGACAGAGCUCAGAAGAAUAUCUGAGAGAUCGUUAUCGAUUCCUAGCUCAGAAGAUGAGUUCAAUAUCAAAACUACUGAUAUGCAACCUGUGUUUAUAGAAGAAAAACUCAAAACGGUUGACGAGUUGGAAGAUGGUGACAAAUCACUCGAUGAAACUCUUAAAGAAGAAUGCUCGAGUGACAGAGAACUGACGACUAUUGACUAUGAAAGAGAGAAAGAAAAGGAGUUAUUGAGAACUGAGAUAGAAAACGAUUUGAAAGAUUUGAGAGUACCUUCGAGAACAAAAAUAACGGAAAUUCCAUCACCUUCUUUGAGGAAACAAGGUCACAGCCCACUGUUAUUUGCCCAUGCUAGGCUUAACUUAUCUGAGGGCUCUGCUUUCACUUUGCUUCAAAAACAACAAGCCCUGGAAUCUCCUAUUGCUGGUAGGAGAGCGAAGAGUUUGGAUGCUCCAGUUAUAUCUGUCAGUAGACUACCUCCUUUGAAUGCAUUCUCAAGCAAAGAUGACACCGUAGCUGAAGAAGAUCAACAAAUGACUGAUAGAGAAAGUGGCAUUGAAAAUUAUUUGACAAGCGACAAGUCGACAGAAGAAAGAUCUGAUACGGACGAAAGCAGGGGAAAAUUGCCGGAGAAACUGAACAAAUUAGCGUUGAUGGAAUCUACUGUAGAAGAACAUCCGGAGAAUUCGUCAACUCUUUCGGCUAAGAUAGAAAAUCAAGUUGUUGACAACGAAAAAGUGAUCGUCACAGAUCGAAGUUUAGUCGUUCCAGUUCUGCCUAAGAAACUGAAAGACAGAGAUCAAAUAGUACCAGAUGUGAAUGGUUCUAAAAUUAAAAAACCUAGUAGGACUACCUUACAAACCAAAACAGCCGGGAAACCCACGAAACCAAAACUUCAAUUGAAAUUAAAUUAUCCAAAAGAGAAAGAAAAACUGCCAGCAAAAGCUAUUACUGCUAAAUCUAAAUUCAAGUCAAAGACUGAAUUACCUUCAACAAUUGCCAAGUCUUCACCUCAAAAGGCACCUUCUUCGAAAGUGGUAUUGAAACCUGAAAAUGAUGAACUUAUCACGACACAAAAAUCAAUUUCUGUACAAGAAUCUUUACCGGUACCAGAAGUAAGGAGAACCAAGAGUCAGGAAGCAGAGAUCACUAAGAAAGUUCCUCUCAAAGAGAAAACAAAAUCAUUGGAAAAGCUAGAGCUCAAAAAAGCGAGUACCAAAGAGAGAAGUAAAUCUCAAGAAGAUAGUGAUCCAGACAUUAUAGCAAAGAGAAAGGAAAAACAACAGAUGCUUUAUGAAAUAGCUAUGCAGCAAAGCAAAACGUUGAAGAGUCCUGUGAAGGAUGUGCUACCAGUGUUUCCCCAAGUGGAAGAAAUGGUUAGGGAACGUCAUGGCAAAUUAGAAAUCAGCAUUAACACCAUUGAACCGAACGUCCCUCUAGAGGAUGCUAUUAUAAUAACUAAAUCUCCUAAAAAACUUGAUAAAAUGGGGGAAAAACUUACUAAGAGUUUGGAUCUCAAUUUGCCUGAGGAAGAUAAUAGCAGGGCUGUUCAGCGUUUAGGCAAUAGCUUGGACCUUGAUAGUCGUGAUACUAAAUCUGCACCAGACGAAUUCGACUUCAAACCUGAAACGAUCAGGACCAUGCAGAAAAAAGAACAUUUUGAGGAAACAUCACCAGAAACUGAUGUCAUUCAGGAAACCGUUACAGCUGAUAUUCAUGAAGCACCCGGAGAAGCCGAAGGUGAUGACAAAAUAACAUUAGAAGGAACGAGCUUAGAUGUGUGGUUGUCAGUGGAUGAAUCGAAUAAAAAGCUAGAAAAUAUUGAAGUUAUAAAAAGUUCCAGUGAUUUUUUUGAGCAGCGUACCUCCCCGAAGCCCCCAGAUUUGAGUAAAAUUGACGCCAAAAGUUCCUCCGAUUCUCAGAGUAUCGAAAGAAUCAGUCUAGGAAACUCAUUAGACAUAAAAUAUAUUGAUGAGUCCACUGGGGAUUCUUCUAAAUCUGACAAGGAUUUGAAACUCAUAGCAGAUAUCCAAAAAUCAAUUGAUACCGAAAAAAGAAAGCUUGAGGAGACGAGCAAAGAUAGUUUAAUAAGGAUAACCAGUGAAGAAGAAUCUUUGACAGAUGUGAGUGAAUUGAGAGGAGAAACUGUGAAAGCUGAACACUUCUUAUCUGUAUCAAGUGAUCAUAAAGAUCAAUUACAAAAAUUGGGCAUAGAACGAAGUAGAUCCGAGGAUACAGGGUCUUGGAUAACUGUUGAUUGUGAAGAGUAUGCCGGAACCGAAGGGUCUUUAGAUUAUGAUAAUGUCACGUUGGAAUCACCAGAAAAACCCAAUGACAUUGUGAAGGACGUGCUUUCGCCCGAAAAUGAGAAUCUCCUUACUGCCACUAGAAAGCACGGAAAAUUGGAUUUAUUGAAAAGGAGUUCUGACCAGUCCAGAUCCAGCGAUACAACUGGUUCAUGGACGAGUGGAGAAAAAGAUAUAUCUCCUGGAAAAGAAAUUAAAGAAACAGAUGAGUCCAGUACCAGUUGUGCCAUAGGUAGAGCAAUUGGCUUGAGCCAGACUAUUGAAACAUUCACGACAAGAGAAUUACUCAACAAAAAAUCUCCAGAUUCUGAGCCUCCAAGGAGUCCAAGAAGUCCUAGAAGUCCUAGAAUAUGCGUCUUGGGUAGAGCAUUCACUAUAGAUGAAGGUUCCUCCUCAUUAAAAUUGGAUGAUUCAAGCUCAGAUGAGGCGAAUGACAUACCUAAAGAUUUAACCCCGAUUCAGGAGACCCAGACAGAAGUAGAAGACGUAAUUGCAAUAAAGAAAACUCCCUAUCCCUUCGAACAGAAAUGGUCGAAUGAUUCAGAAUUGAGCCAAAGAUUGCAUCACAAAUUGUCGAAAAAACUGUCUUCUGCAGAAAAAGGGAGCCUUUCAUCAAUUGACGACUCAGUAUCUGACAAACGAAAAAAUGGUCAUAUUCUUGACAAACCCAAUCUGUUCUCUGUUGAACGUCUCUCGACAGAGUCUAGAAAUUCACUUGAUACAGAAUCUAGCUCAGGCAGUUUAGGUGUAGCAUGUAGACUACAAAAGUCCAAUGACAUUCCAAAAGAACUCAGUUCGACAUGGAAAGCUUUUCCUUUGGAGAGUUCAGGUUCAGAGAGUUUUGAAGAUAAUCUUCCUCCUGACCAAGACCUGGAUAAACAAGAAUACUUCAUGUGCCGAGAUAACUCUGGUGAAUUCAAUACAGGGUCUGAUAUUUAUUAUAAAGAAGAUAAUGAUAUAACCCCCACUAGAGAUGACACAGAGCUACCAGAAGAUCUAGCUAAUUUUCCUGCGAAUUUCGGUUACCCUUGCUUGACUUCUAUGAGCGGACUUGGCAUGGGGAGUUCAGAUAUAUUAGGGGGGUACUCAGGCGGAGGAUUUCUCUCAAGAACUUUGUCUAGGAUAUCUGAACGAAGUACCAAUUCCGAAAAGUCUAGCAUGGAUGAUGAUUCUACGAAAGCCAGUACUCAAAGUGAUAGUUUGAAUGAUGAGUCAAUGCCAUCUAGCAAUCCUCAAGUUAGUAUUAGUUCCGAAUCACCAAGCAAUGCACACGUUUCUGAUCAUCAAAAGAAAACUUCCAAGAAUACUGAAAUCCAAGAAGAAGCAGACAAACUGAGUGAUCUGAGUAAGCCAAGUGAUAGACAAGAACCUCUACCGCACAUUAGCAGUUUGUUACAGAGACAGAUAUCUGAUGAUAGACGGACCUCGGCAGAAAUGGCUGAAUUAUCCAUGGACGACAUUGAAAUUAUAACUUCAGAAAGAGGUUUGAGGUUGAAACGACAGGGUUCUGAUGACACAAUCAUUGAUGAGGAAUGUUUUGAGCCAGAGGCAAAAGAAGAGCCUUUUCAGUCCAGUAGCCAAGAAAGCGAAGAUUGGCCUUUGCCAGAAAUACCGCAAGGACAAAAACUACUUGCAAUGCAUGAAAUUCCCAGCAGUGAUACCUCCCAGCAAACGACGCAAGUGUACCAACCUCCCAACAAAAAUAUUCCUAAAACAUUUUGUUUGAAAGGAUCAUUGUCACUGAGAAGUCAGGAAUCUGAACAAUGGCCAAGUCCACCAUCUAGUGUGGCUGAGUCUAGUAAUAUUGUCGGACAUGUGGAAACGUACUAUAUCACUCCACCGGAAGAAGCUUAUAAAGUUAUAGUCGAUUCUAAUACUGUGAGUAGUUACGAUAACGAUUCGAAUUCAGACGAAAAAACUGGGGAAACAGAAAAAUCCCAUACAUAUGAGAAUGUGGCAAGAGAGCAAAUUAGUGAGAGUAUUUCAGAAAGUCUUAGUGUAGGACCAAGUGGCGUCAAAAUUAUUUUGGAAGAAAAAUCUCAGGGAUCUAACUCCGACGAAGAUUUGAAUAUAUCUAAUUUAAAUGACGAUGUUUUCACUGAUACCAUCGAAACAAGCAGAAAUGAAUUGAGACCUCCUACUGUGAUGCGUAGAAGUACUGCUUCCGAUGACUCUUCCCACUCUCAAAAAAGCGAUAGGAAAGGUUCUGCGAAAGGUUCACAUAGUUCAUAUUCUGAAGAAGAUUGUACUAGUUCUAUGGGUACCAAUCUUGAGGACGGAACAGUGAGAUAUGCCUUGAGGCCAACUAAAUGUACUCAUAGUUCUCAUUCUGAAGAUACCUCAAUCGCUCUGAGCCUUUCUGAAUGGUCUAAUAGUACAACUACUGUGAAGUUUCAGAAUUUAUCUAGUAAUAGCGGCACGCCGAAAAGUAGUUCAGGGUUGAAAAGUGAUGAAAACUCGUUAACGGACAUAGCCCAGUCAAUAUCUGAAUGGUCAAGCAGCAACACCAGCAACACUUUGAAAGCCCAACAGAGUUCUGGAUUGCAAUUUCAGAAAUUGUCUUCUACAUCUACAGGUGACAGCACUUUGACAGAAAGAAUAUCGACGAUUCCCGAGUGGUCGAGUUCGGACGCCAAACCGUUUUUUCCAAGUUCUAUCCAAGAUCUGACUGCUCCAACCAGAUUGGGGUCAAGCCUAGAAAUCGAAGAGUUUUCGUUAUCUCCUGAUGGAAAAGCCGUUCCGAGCCCGAAGAAUAUUCCAUCUGAAGACUUGGCGAUGUUGUCUAGUUUAUCCAGCCGAAAUGAGGUCAAAUCUUUUGCGAAAUCUACCGAACGCCCGAUUGUUAUUCCUGCGCCAUUGUCCGACACUGACAAGUCUAGUAGUUCUAUAGAACAACGAAUAAGUCAAACACAACGUCUCGACAAAGACAAACCAAAGUACCUGCAGAAACACUUGCCUUCCUCCAGAAGCACGGAAAGACCAGUAAAGGUACCUCUGAAGCUAGCUAAGUGUUCUCCUUAUUAUUCCAGUAGCCUUAGUUCUGAGUCAACACCCCAAGCGAGUACGAGUCCUGUUCCUACUAAAACGUCUACUGUUCCAUUGACGAGAACCCACAGAAAACCGCUUUCUAAGAGUUUGUGUCAAGCCAAGAGUCCGCCUAGUGAAGACUCUACGAGUAGUGUUGAGUCACCAAAGAGCAAAUCAGAGAGAGAUAGAAGGGGUUACCGUCGGAAACGACAACUUCAAAACCAACGAAGAGCCAAACUUGAAAAAGAGCAGUUUAGCGUAGACGAGUACUUUUUUGUCGAGCAUGAAGCAGGCUUAAUGGAAUAUGAAGAGUACAUGAGACAUAAAAGUAUGGAAGAGAUGGCUUCGAACUUCCAAUACGAAGGCGCUCUAGCUCAAGAUAGCCCUGGAAUUCCUUAUGCUGAGACUUUAGAGGAAGGUUACCUUCCAGACGGGGACUCUCAGUCAGGCUCUGACAUUUUUCGAAUGGAGAGAGAUGAAGAAGAGAAAGGAGAUGUUGAAGGUUUCGACGUCACUUCCAUUCCACCUCCUUUGUUAGAAGACGAUUUUGAAAAUGACUGCACUCCGCCGAUUUGA